UACCCAAUGACGCCACCUGAACCGCUUGUUAGCAACCAUUUUCACGAUCGUUGAAAGUAAUGGCAGUUGAUGAAGGCCUUACAUAUAUGGAGGUUCUCUUAUGAAUGCAGUUUUGUCGACAAACUGACGAGACUAUGAAGAUUGAAACACAUAUAUACUCUAUGUUGAUGCAGAGACUGUAACGAUUUUUUGGACCUCUAGUCAUGCCUAAGACAACGCCCUUUACAAAAGUGAAAAGUGGCUAUGAACGCACUGGCAUAAGAUUCAGAUGUUCACUUCAAAAUACGAUUCUUGAUGUUCUGAGAGCAAGGCCAGGCUGGACAGAAGUGACCACAGAAGGAGGAGCAUGGGACAUCUAUUGGGCUGAUGUUUGGUGGAUGAGGGAGAUUUUUGAUCGAGCAUACCUGGAGGAUCAAAUGAGAUUAAAUCAUUUCAGAAACCAUUUUGAGCUUACUAGGAAAAAUUUGAUGGUGAAGAAUCUCAAGAGGCUUCGCCGGAGUCUGGAACGAGAGGCUGGAAAAGCUGAGGCACAGAAAUGCGACUUUUUUCCAUCCACGUAUGAACUUCCGUCAGAAUACCACAUCUUUGUGGAUGAAUUUCGACGCUGUCCUGGCACCAUUUGGAUUAUGAAACCUAUUGCAAAGUCGCAGGGGAAAGGCAUUUUCUUAUUCAGAAAACUAAAGGACAUAACGGACUGGAAACGGGGGGUAGAGUACCAGCCUCCUAUUCAAAGUGUUGGAGAUGGAGCUCCACAACAGAUAGAGACCUAUGUGGUUCAAAGAUAUAUUGAAAAUCCGUAUCUCAUUGGAGGACGCAAGUUUGACAUUAGAGUGUAUGUUCUGGUCACUUCAUAUUCUCCACUCAAAGCGUGGUUGUACAGAGCUGGCUUUGCACGAUUCGCCAACACCCGUUACUCCCUGGACUCUAUAGACGACAAUUAUGUCCAUCUCACAAAUGUAGCCAUACAGAAAACUGCCCCGGACUACGACCCUGAGAAAGGUUGCAAGUGGUCGACCCAACAGUUACGCCAAUACCUCACUGCCAAACACGGACAGACUGCCGUGAAAGCCUUGUUCCAGCAAAUGACCAAUAUAUUUGUUUUAAGUCUUCAGUCAUGUCAAAGAGUGAUAAUCAAUGACAAACAUUGUUUUGAACUAUAUGGCUAUGACAUUCUUAUUGAUUCGAAUCUGAAACCUUGGCUCAUUGAAAUCAAUGCAUCACCAUCCCUGACUGCCAGCAGUAAAGAAGAUUAUGAACUCAAGUUUGGACUUCUCAAUGACGUGCUGAAUGUACUGGACCUAGAGAACAAGCUUAGUGGGAAAGAGAAGCGCAUCGGCCUGUUUGAUCUGAUGUGGGACAAUGGCCCUGUUGUGGGUGCUGAGGGUAAACUGGAAGAAACAGUUGUUCCUUAUACCUCUUCCACAGACUCUAUGCUGGGUUGUGUCAAUGACAGAAUGGAUAACCUUCGACAUACGUAUGAAACUGCAAAUGCCUUGAAAAAAGUGACCUAAAGUCUAAAGUGUUCGCCCUCUGCCAUAUAAUAUGCCUUAGAAUAAAAAUAAUUCUCCACAUCUCACAUUAUCAUAAUUUAUAACCUACUGAUGUUCAUUAUUUUUAUUUAAGUUGGCAAGUUUUCAUUGCAGCUUUCUGUGUGACUGAGCUGUAGUUGUUGAAUACGUGUAGUAGUCCGAAUAGUUCGUAAUGUGAUGCAUAUUAUUUUAAAUGAAACCCUUUUGAAGUGCUUUCACCAAGAAAACACUUAUACGCAUGUGUGCGCGCUUAUGUACGCACACACACACACACACACAUACCCACACACACACACUCACUCAUUACAUGCAAACACACACACUUUCAUUACACACAAACGCACGCACACUCAUUACACAUAAACACACACUCAUUUCUGUUUUGUAAUUAUGUUUGAUACUGUUACAGGGUAUUUUUUAAAUUAAAUAUGGAAGCACACAAACAUAGCUCUGGCAUUUCAUAUCUUUCUGCCAAUACAGCUGACCACUUCCUUUAUUUUUUUAAAUUGUAAAUGUUAAAAAUCUUCAUCAAUAGCAGGUUUCUUUUGUUUUAGUUUUCUCUUGCAUUUAGAUUUUCAUUUGUCUUUUGUAAACCUUAAGCUGUUGUGAACUUCUUUCAUAUUUUGUUCAGAAAUGUAAGGCUCACAGACAAGUUUUUAAAAAGUUGUUUAAACAUUGCUUUAUUUAUGAUAGUUAGGUCUGGACAAUCUGCCCUGCUUCCUUGCAUUUACUUUUUGUUUAGUUUUCGAUUGAACUCUUAAAAAUGG